CAGUUAUUUUUGUUUUGCAGACGAAUUAUGCAAUAAGAUUUCGCUUUCUCAAAAUAUGUAAAGUUUUUUAUGUAUACAAAUAGUUUUAAGAACACCAAACUGAUGUGUGAAUUUUGUUCGUCGCUCCGGAGAUAGUGCACUCACACGUAUAAAAAAAUGGUUUUUGUGAAUUAUGAUGCUUUCAGGGCAGUGGCAAAGUUUGCCGGAAUCUUUGGAAUAUUCCAAUCCCUAGUAUGGAUCGCAUUUGCGAUUACCGGCUUGGUAGCGUUCCAUUGCUCGAUGGACUUUUCCCGCCAAACCAACACGCUGGGAUCACUUCUAACUCUGACCUUCUUCUAUCAGUAUUUUGAAGGAACAUGCGGACAAACAAACAUUCCGUUCAUCGACAUGACAGCGGUUCGAGGGCUCAAUCUUCUUUCACCGGGAGAUCUGCAAGCCUGGCUUUGGGUCUAUCUGAUGCUGCACUUUUUCUGGGGAAUCAGUUCGCUUACACUACUGACUAAUGCUCGUAAGAAAUAUGUUUGGUACAUAAACGUUUUUCUAUACAUCUGGGUCGCCUUUAUCGUGGUCGUCUGCGUUCUGGAUUUUGCACUAGGGAUUCAGUUUGCUGUGGAUUAUGAUACUAUUAAACGCGCUCUUCACGAACGGCCAUAUACAGCUUCUACCCCAGCUGAUCAGGUUCUCAUUUCAGCGGCGACCGUUUCGGGAAUAAUGAUGGUGAUGGCUUUCCGUGGAUGGAUAUUCUGGAUAAUCAACGUGGGACUUGCUGCGUAUCUUUUCACCCAAACGUUCAAAAUUUACGACUACAAUCAACUGCGGGGGAAGCGUGUUUUCAUCAAUGAAGCAUUUGUAGGGGAUAAUAAGGACGUACGAAGAUCACCAAUCGAUGCUUAUGUGAUUGAACCUCGCCAGCCGAUCAGUCAAGAGCAAAUUCGGCAACCAUACAACCAACCCACCAGCAUUCACCGCCUUGAAAGUAUCGAAGAACAACCACGCGAAAUUGUGAAUGACCGACAAAGUUGGCCGGAUAAUCCACGACCACAUCCUCACACAUCUGUGAUGCGAUCAUUCGAACCACUGGCCCGGCAGCAUUCCGCUAGUGAUUCCGACGAACUUCGUCCGAUUCCGCAGAAACCAAUUCCUCCAGCGCCUUCGGCGAAACAUAUUAACAUAAACACGGUAGUCAGGCGAGACGUUGCGGCUGCCAAAGUGGCCCAAGAGUUAAAUUAUCGCAAUAGUUUCAACUACACCAAUGGUGCUAGUAAUGGAUUGCGUCCAGUUGGUGCUGCUCGGAUGAGUAGAAAUGAUGAUGACAGUCCACCCGUGUUGAGGGACAAUCCUUUCGCCAAUCGACCGCCUCUGCGACCAGUUUUGAGAAGUACAAGAUUUGAUUGA